CGUUCCAAUGUUCCAUUAGGAAACAAAACAACAUAAUAUAUAUUUAGUGCGUUUCGUGUUGAUCCAUGUUGGAAUAUUUUUAUUUGGUACUUCCACCGUUAGGUAGUUAUUUUGCUAUUUAAUUUGAAACCCCAAUUGUUGACGAACGUCAUAAUUUAUUAGCUGUUAGGUUUUCCCUCAUGAAUUCUACUGAUGAGCCUCCAAGUGAAGAUGAAUCAUCUUCACCGGCGGCGGCUGCGGUGGAGGAACGCGCCUGGCGCGGUGUUCCAAUGGACAUAAUCUACCGAGGCUUAGAUCGCUUCGAGCUGCGUCAUUUUGCGGACAUACGACCAUCGGAGGAUCACACCGUACUUUACCACCUACCAAUCAAUCCGGAAGCAAGGGAACCACCAAAACCUCGGCGCUCCUACAACAAAUGGGACGCAGAUCAUGUGCGACUGCCGUGCUCACAUCGCAGCCAGUAUCCGGUGGAGCAGAGCGAUGGAAACACCACCCUGGAAUGCCGCUGGGAUUUGGUUCAAAACGCACUACUGCAACCGAUUCGUGACAGCCGACAGCUGGAGGCCGCAAUUCUGUCCUACAACACUAAGUAUGCCAGCUCGUGGAAGUUCAAAUCGCUGCACAAGCUGUUUGAGCAAGAGCUGGAGGAGGAAGAAAGUGCCGGAUUUUUCGAGUACACGCUGCCCAAAAUAAUUCAAUUAGCACUGUCCUUGCCGGAGCUGGUUCCCGGUGCAAUCCCUCUGCUGAAGCAGGGAUGUAAUAAAGCGGUUUCUCUUAGCCAGCAGCAGGUGGCCUGCCUACUGGCUAACGCAUUCCUGUGCACUUUUCCACGGCGAAACACUCAGAAAAAGAAGAGCGAAUACAGUCUGUUUCCGGAUAUCAACUUCAAUCGGUUGUUCCAGAGCCAAGGCAGGCAGGUAGUCGAAAAAAUCAAGUGCGUCUGUAACUACUUCAGGCGGGUUUGUACGCGAAUGCCGACCGGGGUGCUGACGUUCCAGCGAAGGUACAUGAGCCCGAAACAGUUUGUGGAUUGGAGCAAGUGUGAAGCGGUUGUUGCGCGGAGCGUUGUCCCGGUUCACGUUACCUCCGAGGGGACUAUUGAGGAUCAAGGAAGGGGACUGCUGCAGGUUGACUUUGCUAACAAAUAUUUGGGUGGAGGUGUGCUGGGGCACGGCUGUGUACAGGAGGAGAUCCGGUUUGUGAUCAAUCCAGAAUUACUGGUUUGUAGACUGUUCACGGAGGCAUUGAAACCACAGGAAGCUCUGGUGAUGAUGGGUUCCGAGCAAUUUUGCGAGUACAGCGGGUAUGCAUCGAGUUUCAACUUUGCUGGCGAUUUUCACGAUGAAACACCGCGGGAUGCCAGCGGUCGAAGGGAAUGCUACAUUGUGGCGAUUGAUGCGCUGCAUUUUGUGCAGAGCUCGCAUCAGUAUCGGGAGGAACUGUUGUUGAGAGAGCUUAAUAAAGCCUACAUUGGAUACUAUCAUCCGCUGUCAACACCGGCUCCCGGGGUUGCCACCGGCAACUGGGGUUGUGGUGCCUUUGGCGGGAAUGCUAACUUGAAGGCAGUUCUACAGCUAAUGGUUUGCUGCGUCCUGAACAGGCCUAUGGUUUACUAUACAUUCGGAAACCGAGAGCUGAGAGAUCAAAUUUAUGCUAUGUACACUUUUCUUGUGGACAACAAAGUCAAAAUCUGUGAAAUUUGGCGCUCGUUGAAAUCUUUCAGAGAGCACAAUCUUCCGGCGAGCAAACUGUACUCUUACUUCUACCAGGACUAUUAUGACAGAAAGAAAAAUAAAAAAUGCACCUUCGGUUUAAAGACUUCACCAAAAGUUAGGGAUAAACCAGUGGAACAACACACGACUGAACCCAGCCCGAACGGGGACCGCGAACUUCUGGAUGACGAAAGCCUGGCUAAUUUAAUGAGGGAUUUGGUGGACGAUGACGAUGCGCUAUCCGAUCAACCAUCGUCCUCCUCGGCUGCCGGUGAAUCGAAAGAUGAAACAGCAGCCAUAGUGACUCCUUCGCCGAAAAAAUCCGGUCGCAUGUCGUUAAUUGCGGAGCUAGAUCGAAGCUAUUACACUGUUGGGCCAGGUCCGGCAAAGAAGCUGUGCCCUUCGAUAUCACCACGGCCUCCUGCUGCUGGAAAUGAAGUACGAAUCCAAAUCGAAGACGAAGCGGAAAGCGUCGAAGGAAAGUCAUCGACCUUGGUAGUCGAAGAGCGCACGGUGGAAGGUGCCAUCCAGUUUGAGUCGGACGUUGGCGAGUUUGUCGAAGGUACACCGCCAGCGGAGACGAGAAAAAGUGUCACCGGAGGCUGUGGGAAGCAAAAAAUAUCGGACUAUUUCUCGAAGGUUGGUAAGUAGACUGUGAACUGUUGGGAUUGAAAUAUACAUCAAAACACAGUUACUGUUAUAAUGAGA